AAGCAACAUUACAGUGUUCGGCGAAGGUUUGGCGCUAUUGGCUUCUGCCUACUGUACGUGUCCUUACAUGGAUCACCUGAAUUGUAAUUAGCUGCUGGUCAGUGCCCAGGCAAGCCUAUGCUGAGAGGAUACUACAGCCCUGAGGAGGCUGGCCGGCCAGGUGGGUGGGCAGAGGCAGGCUGAGCAUGCAGCAAGGAAGCUGAGGAGGAGCUGAGAAGGGAGAGACCCACAUCCAGAGCUGCUGCACACAGCCCUCCAUCAGGGGGGACGCUCACGCUUGCCUGGACCAUGAGCAAUGAGUCUACCGUCUGGAACAACCUCACCGAGAACUCCACCGGGGUCCCAUUUGAGCCUGAUAAACAACAGAAUGGUUACGUCCUACUGCUGGUGCUCCUGUCCAUCUUCCUAGUGGGAACACUGGUCCUGCUGUCUGUCAUCCUGAUUGUCUCCAGACGCUGCUGUGAUGGAGACCGCCGCUAUAACAGUGCCAGCGACGACCCUGAGAAAACCAACACGACCUACACUGAGGCGUCUCAACCAAUCCAUGCGGAGAUCACCAUCCAGGUCGACGAGUCAGACUGCCUGUCGGCCGCCAGCUCCCACAUGGACAUGGAGACUGAGCGCUUCCUGUCCACGGGCACCCAGGGCGGCCGCCGCGUCUCCUUCAACGAGGCGGCGCUCUUCAACCACGGCAGGAAGGCCCUGGAUAAAGGCCGCAGGUACACGUUGACUGAGGGUGACUUCCACCACCUGAAGAAUGCGCGACUCACACACCUCCACAUCCCGCCCCUGGCCCUCAAGAUCGUCACCAUCCACGAGUGUGAGUCAUCGGAGAACAGCAUUGCUAUGACGACCCGCCCCGCCGCCAAGUCCAGCCUUUCCAUCUUCCAGCCGGCACUGUGUGCCCUGCGGCCCCUAUGUCCCCUACCCCAGACAGCGUUGACCAGUCUGAGUGUCAGCCCCAGCUCAGCCCUCCCUGGGGACACCCUCAACUCGGUGGUGGACUCCAGCUUCAGUCAGAGUUCCCUGGUCCCGGGACCCAUGGAGCCCAGCAGCAGCAUUGAGGUGAUGGUUUCUGGCUCCAGGAAUGGGGGCAGUUCGUCUUUGAGUGAGGGGGCGUCGGUGACGUCUGUGACGGGUGCGUCCCCUAGCGCGGGAGUGGGGCAGGGCCCGGUCCUGCAGUUCUUCACCAAGCUGAGGCGCCAUGCCAGCCUAGAGGGGGCCAGCCCAUACUUCAAGAUCAAGAAGUGGAAGCUGGACAGCAGCCAGCGGGCUUCUAGUCUGGACACCAGAGGGUCCCCUAAGAGGAGGCAGUUCCAGAGGCAGCGCGCCGCCAGUGAGAGCAUGGACCAGGAGGAUAACGACGCCCACCACAUGGACCUCAUCCAGUACAUCGCCCGCACCCAGGACGUCACCUACCACCCCAGCCCCUCCGCCUCCGCCCGCCUCCUCUCCCCCUCCUCUUCCUCCAAGCCACCACCCUCCCUCGGCAGGUUAGAGGUGGAGGUGGAGGUGGAGCCCAGCUGCAGCAGGGGCCAGGUACCAGGGUUGAUCGGCCUGUCCCCGGAGCCCCAGGACGAGGCAGCGAGCCUAGGGGACUAUAGACAGGAGAGCUUGGCCUCAGACCACCAGGCCUUGUACAGAGACAUCUGGACGCUCCGGGCCUCUCUAGAGCAGUACGGCUCCUCAGACCAUAUCAACAACGACAGGGACUCCGUUCGCAGCGACGCCGACAGUGUCAGCUCCCUGGGGGGCCGGACCGAGAGGGGGGAGCUGCCCAGUAACCCCUCCCAGGACAUCGGGGAUGAACCCGAAGGGGAUGUAGAGCUGCCUGUGGAUGAUGGGAUGGGAGAGGAGAAGGAAGAGAAGAAGAAAGGGGGGAAGCAGGACAGUGUGGUGUCAGAGAGGGUUAGUGACGGGGAGUCAGGGAACCGUAAGCUCAUGCAGAUGGACAGUGGCUAUAUGUCUAUAGAGGUUCCAUCACGGGCGCCAGAGGAGUUGAGACUGUUUGGCAGUAGUGGCAGUAUAGACAGGACGGCCCUGGAGAAGAGACACUACUUCACCAGUGCAGGGCGCACUGGCACAGUGGGCGAGAGCUUCGAGGCCCGCAUCUUCGAGGAAGAGCCAGGCGAGGAGAUGCUGGUGGGGGCGACGGGCGGCAUCGCAAUAGAAACGUCCAGGUCUCCCCUGGGCUGGUCUCCAUAUGGGCAGAUGUUCACUCCACGAGAGGCGCAGCCGCACUCCCACCCACCCUUAUCAUUACACCGCCGCGACUACAGCAUCGACAAGAAAACUGACGCGCUCUUCCAUGAGUUCCUCCGCCACGACCCCCAGUUCGACCAGCAGGAGUCACCGAGGAAACAUCGCUCGCGCAUCCACCUCCGCAAACAGUGGCAGCGCAACAAGCAGUACAGUGACCCGGGCGUUCGCUACCAGUACCACUCCUUUGAGAGGCAGCGGAACCCCCUGCGACGAGGCGAUAGCGUCAACUACCCUCUGGACACGGGCUUCCACAGCACACUGCCACGCAUCGUCAGUGCGCCUGAUGAGGAGGCCAGCGAGGGGGCCCCCAGUACCCCCCAGACGCCAAAGGCAGAGGCGGUGGUGGCGGGAGGGGCAGGAGAGGUGGAGGAAGGAGACAGGAGGAGGGCGAGUCCCAGCAGUAGCUGUGGCAGCAGCACCGUGACCAUUAGAGACCUGGAAGGGAGGGCAUCCUGUUCCCCUCCCACUGUUCCGGAUAGAGAGGGCCAGCUAGGGGAGCAGCCUGACCCCCAGGAAGACACUAGGCAGGUGGUACACCCCCCUGAGGAUCCCCCCCAGCCUCCUGACACGGGCAACGGCCGACAGACCAUCACAACCGAGCUGACGGACAAGCUGAGCGCCACUCUGGACGAGCGGCUGUACACAGGCCUGCGACGGACCAAGGACACAGCGGCGGUGACAGAGUGUGUGGUGAAGGUCGUUCACGCCUCCCCAGACCACAGCCCAGUGUAGCAUGUCUCCAGUCCUCCUCCACUCCUCCCUGAUAUUUUGUUUCAUUUGAUUUUAGUCUACGCCGGGUAACUACAAUUUCUCUAUCUGUCUGAAUCAGCUGAUCCCAGACCAGUAACAAGAAAACAGGCUACACUAUACAGUAUCAUGUAGGCCAUUUGAAGAAUACACCCCUAGAUAGUAUUUACAGUACCAUAGUGUCUCUUACUGCUGUGAUUCCUUUCUCCUCUUAGAGAAGUGACGAUGUAAAGAGCCAGUAUGCCCUCUGCACUAGUCUAUCCACUGUGAAACUAGGUGCUAUUAGACUUGAAGUCAUCUCAAGAUCUGGAUACAAAGUUUCUGGGCGUAAUAGGCCAGUCUAGACUGAUAGGCCUAGGCUUAAUUGUAAUGUGAUGUAAUUGAAUCAGAAUCUAUGGUACUAGGAACAGAAACAGAUCAGACCAUGAAUUUGAAAAUGCAAUUUGUUUUUCUCAUAAACACUCAUUAAAUGGGUAUGAAGAUGCUGUCCUAAUUUGGACACCAAAUAAAUUGCAGUAUCCAUAUUAGGACCACCUCGUCAUAUCCACACUGGAUCAGAGAAUAUUCUUCAUCAAGUAUCCUUGUUGUUUAAUGUCUGGCCUCAUGUUUCUAUAAAAAAAAAUGUCUUACUGCUUUCCAGAAAAGUGAUGGUUGUUAGGACAUGUUGUUCAAUGCCUUUGCAUUUAUUGACACAUUUCAUUUAAAUGUGUCUAUGCUUGUUUUAUAUUUCACUCUGGUUGUGACUGUAAUAAGUGGGAUAUUGGAGGCCAGGGUGAGAGCAACUUAAAUGACAGGCUUUUACCUAAUUUCUGUGCCAAAAAUACCUUGUUAGCUAAUGGAGGGAUCUCAAAUGUUACUGAACCAGGGGUUGGAACCAAAAAAAUUGUUCCAAUUGUUUAGUUUUGAACAGAACCGGUAAUUUUUCAUUUUGUUCCACUGUUCCGACCAGCAAAAAAGUUCUGAACAGUUUAGAACCCCUAAAAAAAUUACUGGUUUAUAUUGUUCCUUUUUUAACCUGUCAAAUCAUUUAUUUACAUUUAUCUUAUUGAAUGACUGUCUGCACCAAUCAGUGCAGACAGAGCAGGCAAGCUAGUUGUUUACAUGCGUGAUGGACAGGCAAGUGUAGCCUAUGGUGCAAGAUGCGACAAAGCUUUUGCGGGUGGAGAGAGCGAGAGAAGGUUGAAGUGCUGGGCAUCUUGUUAUGAAAUGCAUUAUCUGAAUUAGGUCAACAGAAUUAUACCUACGGAGGAGCGGCUUCUAUGGAGGAACUUUGAAUGUCCUUCGAGAUAGCUAGCUGACAAGCUAGUGUGUGCAGAGCCACACCAUAAUUAAAAACAUUUUUUGUAGUUAAUAAAUUUGACAUGAAACAUGAUAACUAGGCCUAUAGUAUCCUUAACUAGCAUUGAAAAAGUUAAUCCAUUAUUUUCUAGCUAAUCUAAAAGGUCUCCCGACUUCUGAAUCAAGCUUGUAACCUCAGUACAGUAGCCUAUGCUUUGGAGAGGAGAGGGGCAGGUAACUAACACACACACACACACACACACACACACACACACACACACACACACACACACACACACACACACACACACACACACACACACACACACACACACACAAAGAUUUUCAGCUUGCAGGCAGACACUGGAAUAAGUUUGAGUGACAGAGUGAGGGCUUUGCAUAGACAUUUUGUUGUGGGACUAGAAAAAAAAUGCCUGGAAUGUAAAAUAACGUCAUUAAUCGGUUCCAAAGCUUUUAAAAAGAACAGUUCUGUUCUAGAACAGUAAGGAUCACUUUCGUUCCAGGUUCCAUCUGUUCCUUGAAAAAUGUUGUUCCUUUGUUCCAACCCCUGCUGACAACUCUGUUAGAAUCACACAUCAAAGGCUCCCUUGGCCUCCCCCAACAGUGUUGGUUAGUGCUGGUCUAUAGCUGUAAAGGUUUAAAUUAAAGCUUGGAAUGGGA